AUGGCUUCCUCGAUGGAUAUCAGUGGUCUCCCAAAUGUGAUGGAUCUGCGGAGCAGGUCGUCACAGAUGCUGGGCGUCUCAAUCGCUUUCCUUGUACCUGUAUGGGUGUCCAUAGCCCUUCGUAUCUAUGUCAGAGUCUGUCUCGCGAAAGCUUUCGGUUGGGACGAUGGAAUAAUGAUAUUGGCUGCAAUGUCUUUCACCUCUUUCGCUGCAUUGUUAAUCGUCAUUGCUGAGUAUGGUUACAAUAAGACGGUCGUUGAAGCAUACACAACAUCGGACUUCAUCGGCAUUUGGAAUGCCCUCACGACAGCGCUUGAGUACACCUUGAUCUACAAUUCUCUCUAUGUCCUUACCACAAUCUUGUUCAAGAUAUCUCUUGCCAUCGUCUUCCUUCGCAUCGUUGUCGUAAAGUGGCAGCGCCGAAUUAUCAUAAUUCCAACAGCAAUCUUCACGGCAUACAGCCUUGCCUACAUGUUCAUCACCACUUUCCGGUGUGGCUCACCCAGAGAAAUACUACUCAACACUGCAAGAGGAAAAUGCCUUCCGGCCAGUAUAGUUUCGCCGCUGCUAUAUGUCUCGGGCAUCUCCAACGCUUUGAUGGAUGUGAUGUUCGCAUGUCUGCCUACAGCUAUCCUCUGGCGCAGUCAGAUGCCGAGAAAGACCAAGAUCUCCUGCUGCGUACUGUUGAGUAUGGGAGGGUUCAGCUGCGUUGCCUCGAUCGUUCGGAUUGGACUGUUGAGCGGCGUGACCGAUCAAGCUCAUUACUUGAGUAACGCUGUCAAUACGGGUCUAGUAUCCAUUAUUGAACCUGGAUUGGCCAUCACUGCGGCUUCCCUCGGAACGCUGAGACCCUUGUUCCAG